UUUCUUUCCGAUAAAAGGCUUGCUCAAAAACGUCAAGUAUGUUAGGUUCCACAGAAUAUCUAUUUUAAUCGCCUAAGAUUCUAAAUUAUACGAAAAAGUAGAAGAAUGUUGAUGCCAAAAAAAAAUCGUGUGGCAAUUUAUGAAUACCUUUUCAAAGAAGGUGUUAUGGUCGCAAAGAAAGAUUAUCAUGCACCAAAACACCCAGAAUUGGAAGCAAUUCCCAAUCUCCAAGUUAUUAAAGCAAUGCAGUCUUUGAAGUCUAGAGGACAUGUCAAAGAACAAUUUGCUUGGAGACAUUUCUACUGGUAUUUGACAAAUGAAGGCAUCGAAUAUUUACGUGGAUAUCUGCACCUACCACCUGAAAUUGUACCUUCCACACUGAAGAGGCAGACGAGAUCAGAAACGACAAGACCAAGGGCACCAACAGGUGCAAGAAGCGAAGCAUCAAGACCCACGGAAGAUCGUGCUGGAUAUAGGCGAGGCCCUGGAGGACCUGGAGGUCCAGGUGACAAAAAAGCCGAUGUCGGCGCUGGUACCGGUGACGUUGAAUUCCGUGGUGGUUUUGGCCGUGGUAAACCACAAUAAUAUUUAAGUAUAUAACAUUAAGUUAAAUAAAUAAAAACAUUUCGUAAUACA